AGCACGGCCGGCGCGCGUCCCCGCUACCUCCUCGUCACCGGCCAAGAAUGGGUUCGUGCCAGCUGCUGAGCCUCGCGCUGCUGUGCGCCGCCGCCGCAGCCAGUCCGCAGUCGCUCAACAGGGAUGCGAGGGCCUUGCCCCCGCCGCCGCCGCCGCCGCCGCCGCCGCCGUCGUCGAACGAGGUGGUGAUAGCCAACUUCAACUGCCUCGAACCCAACGGCACCUACGCGCACGAUAACCAGUGCGACAAGUACUACCAGUGCAUCGAUGGCGUGGCCCAGGAGAGAACGUGCCAGGACGGCCUGCUGUUCCACCCGGAGCGCCCGUACCCCUGCGUCUACCCUCAGGAGGUCGACUGCCUGGCCCGCAGCGGUAUACAGGACCCGCAGCCGACUGAGGACUGUCCGCGCCAGUUCGCACUGUUCCGCACCAGCGACGCGCCGGCGGACUGCUCCGGCUUCACCAGCUGCGUCAACGGGAGGGCGUUCCGCGCCGACUGCCCCGAGACCCUGGCCUACAACGCCCGCACCCUGCUCUGCCAGUGGGCCGACGAGGUGGAAGACUGUGACGCGGCAGGUUACCUGGGCUUCCAGUGUCCGGCGCAAGAGUUCUCGCCCGAUCAGGUGGGCGAGUUCACGCGGCAGCCGCACCCCGACGACUGCACCAAGUACUACAUCUGCCUGAACAAGGAGGACGGCUCCGUCAAGCCACGCCUGCAGGGCUGCCCCGAACCGACCGUCUUCGACCCGGCGAAGGACGCUUGUAACGAGAACAUUGAGGAGGUGCCCGGAUGCGAGAACGCCAUCGCGCCGGAGGUGCUGGCCGCGUACCGGGAUCGGCAGGCGCAGGAGGACGCGCGGCGCGAGGCCCGACUCCAAGAGGUGCGCUCCACUCUCGACGGCUAGGCGCGCACAGAGUACGCGCGAAAAGGUCCGAAAGCGCACCGGGAACGCGCCGAAAACGCAUGGAAAACGUGACGGGAAAGCAUCGAGCGGUCAUCAGAAACCUGCCGGAAACGGGGUUUCCAGGAACGCUGGAGAGGAAAUUUAGUGCGACGAUGCGCAGCGAGACGCGUUAAAAUUUGUGAGAUACUAUUGGGCCAUGUGUGUGCUAAAACGCUAUAAAGCGUUAUCAAUUCUCGGAGUGAAUGAGAAGCAAUUAAUUAAGGUUAGGUAAUGUAUUUUGGCUGACAAGUGAAGACGUAAAAUACACGGAUGUUCGUUCUU